AUGUCAGCAUCAAUCGCCCCCGAGUGCAAUGAUAUCAAAGAAAAAUAUGACACAUGCUUCUUGAAAUGGUACAGCGAAAAGUACCUCCGUGGCAACACCGCCUCUAAUGAUUGCGACGAGCUUUUCAAAAAGUACAGGGCUUGUCUGAAUCUCGCACUGAAAGAACGGGGUAUCGACACCAUGCUUGAUGAUGCUCGCAAGAGUGCGAAGGAGAGCGAAGCUGAAUACACGCGGAAAAGCUGA